AUAUAAUGUGUAAAAUGCUGCUCUUUGGAAUUUGCGAAGUCAUUUUGUAGCACUAACAGGGGACGAGAGCGGGGAAAUGGGAGAAGUGGACGCUGAUCUAUAUUCGAGCUUAAUCCGCAGUGUUGAUUCUUCGGACGACCUCAUUAAGAGAACCGGUACAACAUGGACAGCGGUGGCGCAUAUAUUAACAGGGGUGGCAGGAGUAGGAGUGCUGUCCCUAGCAUGGAGCAUGGCGCAGGUCGGGUGGAUCCUCGGCCCUCUCUGCAUCAUCAUCUUUGCAGCAAUAACUCUUCUUUCUUCUUGCCUUAUGGCUGAAUGCUACAGCCAUCCAGAUCCCGAGGCCGGACCUAUCAGGAACAGGUCUUUCAUGGAAGCUACUAAACUCUAUUUAGGUAACAAGCACCACGCGAUAUUCGGAGUUUUUGUCCAAUUCAACAUAUUCGGGUUAGCUGUUGUCUUCACCAGCACUGCUGGUAGCAGUCUACGGGCGAUUCUGCAGUCAAACUGCUACCACAAAUAUGGGCAUGAUGCUCCUUGCCAAUACGGGGAUAAUUGGUACAUGAUGCUCUUUGGGUUCGUCCAUAUAUUUCUUUCUCAGAUACCCAAUUUUCAUAGCACAAGAUGGAUCUCUAUAAUGGCUUUGGUCAUGUCCUUGUGCUUCUCAUUCAUCGGCGUUGGAUUAGGACUGGCAAAAGUAAUCGAAAAUGGAACAGUAAAGGGCAGUAUCACGGGCGUCCCCAGUUCUAAUUCUGCUAAAAAAACAUUUGAAGUAUUCACGGCGCUGGGAGACAUUGCUUUUGCCUACCCAUUCGCAAUUAUUCUUUUCGAGAUCGAGGACACGCUGAAAUCGCCUCCACCAGUGAACAAGACGAUGAAUGCCGCCUGCACGAUCGCGCUCUCGAUCAUCACUUUCUUUUUCCUCUGCUACGGAUGCCUUGGGUAUGCAGCAUUUGGGGACAGUACGCCUGAGAAUCUCCUCACGGGCUUCGGUUUUUACGAGCCCUAUUGGCUUGUUGACUUUGCAAAUGCCUGCGUUGUAAUCUAUCUGAUGGGAGCAUAUCAAAUUUACAGUCAGGCGUGUUUCUCAACGGUGGAGAGAUGGUUCCGUGAGAGAUUCCCAGACAGCAGGUUCCUUGACAAGUCCUUUUCGUUCAAGUUCCCAUUAUUACCGACGAUCCAGAUGAACCUCUUCCAAGCCUGUUUCCGGACGUUGUACGUCGCAACAGCAACUUUGCUAGCAAUAACGUUCCCGUACUUCACCUCGGUCAUCGGAGUUUUGGGAGCCGUAUUUUUUUGGCCAUUUGCAGUGUAUGCUCCCGUGCAGAUGUACAUUGUGCAAAAGAGUGUUCGAGCUUGGAGUAGGGAGUGGAUUCUUCUGAUGGCAUUUAGCUCUGUCGGGCUCGUUCUUACAGUCAUGGGAACUAUCGGGUCACUCGAGGAACUUGUUCGUGCCAAACUUAGUUGACAAACAGCUAUGAGAUGUAGUGCAAAAGGACCUUACCGAUGAUUUGCAGGGAGGAACCCUCCCAAAUAGUUGAAAGGGCAGCUGGUGCACUAUUACUACCUAUCAGUUUGCUCACAGCUUCUUUUCCUCUGUAUAUGUCCAUCCAACUUGAUAGUGCAAUGUUUUGCUGCGUUUAGUUUCAAAGUAGGAUUUUAAAAUUAGAUUUUAAUUUUGAAAAAGAGUGAUAUAAAUGGGGUCCUUUUGACUUUGUAUGACUUAUUUUGUUUUAUUGUGAAAAAAUGGUAUAAAUGGGGCUCAGUAUUUGGUUUUGUAUGGGUUAUUUUAUUUUGUUAUGGGUAUAAUUAGGUUAAAGUUG